UCCAAAAUCAAUGACUCGCCGUCGCUACUCUGAAACUCCGGCCACCGAUAUUUCCGGCGACAACACCUUCUUCCCCGACAUUACCUGGGAAGCUCUGAACCUUCACGACAACGAUUCCAACGACAAGCUCAUAAUCCACGCCUUAAACGACGCCGUUUGGCACCCACAAACAGAGCUCGCCGGAGUAAUCAAACAGGAAACAGAUAACAAUUUUUCCAAUUUCUCGGCCAAUACCGAGAUGGGUUUUUCUGUAAAAAUGGAUGGAAACAAGAUUGGAGCUUCUGAUUCAGUUCUUCCGGUCGGAGGAAAGCAUUACAGGGGAGUUAGGAAGAGGCCGUGGGGGAAAUUCGCGGCGGAAAUUAGGGUUCCGGCGAAGAAUGGAGGGAGGAUAUGGCUGGGAACAUACAAGACGGAAGAAGAUGCAGCCUUGGCUUAUGAUCAAGCGGCGUUUAGAAUUCGUGGGUGUCGGGCUUUAUUAAACUUUCCGCUCCGGAUUAAUUCGGGUGAACCCGAACCGGUUCGUGUCACAAAUAAGAGGUUGCGGAUACAGGCGGCGCCGACGCCGGAGAUGGCGAAGGAAGUGUUUGGUGAUGAAGGCCGGAGUGGAUAA